AUGUUUAAGAAGGUGCCGGCAGUGGAGAAAACUACUGACGAGAAGGGAUUUGAUGGCAUAGUCUGCCCUGAUAAAAAGUAUCACUGUCCGAAAGGAAACACAUGCUGUAAGCUUUCCUCUGGAACAUAUGGAUGCUGCCCUUUGGAAGAUGCUGUUUGCUGCAGUGAUAAUAAGCACUGCUGCCCUGAAGGAUACACUUGUGACGUGAAGGAAGGUAAAUGCAAUAAAACCGCUGAACACAUCAACAUGAUAAACAGCAUCCCAGUUAUUAGGACGUCAACAGAUGCUGAAGUCAGGUACAUAAAUUGCCCUGAUGGAUCUACCUGUAUGGAUUACGAGACAUGUUGUGAACUCCCCGGCGGGGGAUUCGGCUGCUGUCCUAUGCCACACGCUGUGUGCUGUUCAGACCACGAGCACUGCUGUCCUUGUGGAUAUAGAUGUGACCUGGCCGCGGAGAUGUGCGUUACUGGAAACGUCCGUCUUCCGAUGAUGAAAAAAAUGAAAUCUGCUCGCCGACCAAAGACUGAGCAUGUAAACAUCGACGAAAAAAUCCACUUCAUUCCUGGACGCACGCAGGCUGGGGACGAUGAUACAGUACUGUGGCUGGAGCUUUUGGCAGGUAAAUGCAAUAAAACCGCUGAACACAUCAACAUGAUAAACAGCAUCCCAGUUAUUAGGACGUCAACAGAUGCUGAAGUCAGGUACAUAAAUUGCCCUGAUGGAUCUACCUGUAUGGAUUACGAGACAUGUUGUGAACUCCCCGGCGGGGGAUUCGGCUGCUGUCCUAUGCCACACGCUGUGUGCUGUUCAGACCACGAGCACUGCUGUCCUUGUGGAUAUAGAUGUGACCUGGCCGCGGAGAUGUGCGUUACUGGAAACGUCCGUCUUCCGAUGAUGAAAAAAAUGAAAUCUGCUCGCCGACCAAAGACUGAGCAUGUAAACAUCGACGGAAAAAUCCACUUCAUUCCUGGACGCACGCAGGCUGGGGACGAUGAUACAGUACUGUGGCUGGAGCGUCCUCUUAUAACUUCAGGUAGCUGCCAGAAUAAGGCGUUACAUGAUAAAACAAACGAACAGGUAGUUGGCACACUUGGCAGCCGGUUUUCCUGUAAGUUAACGAUGUCAAAGCAACGUCACCGUCUCACUUUUCAUAAAAGACCCCAUCUAUCGGACAGCAAGCACAAGUGUGAGAAAUUUCCUUUACGAAGAUCUGAGAUGAAGUGGUACGUGGGUCUGCUUUCAGCACUAUUGUGUGUCUUCAUGGUGCUCUCUUGCGCUACAGGAAACCCUAAGAAGGGCAAGACAGUACAUCAGACGGCGAUCAGGGCUGCACUUAUAACAAGCAAACAUGGGUCUGGCAGCGGCAAGAAUGCAAAACUGUCAAAACGUGCAAAUUAUUGUAUGGAUGGCAAAUCAGAGUGCCCGGAUGAUUUCACCUGUUGUAAACGCCUUGGUCAAGAUUAUCAACAAGGUGAAGGCCAAGAUCAACGCUAUGGCUGUUGUCCUGUGAAGAAUGCUAUCUGCUGCAGUGAUGGAAAGCAUUGCUGUCCUCAUGGAUACACUUGUCAAACAAAUGGGGAAUGUUCCAAGUAAAAGCAAAUCCGAGGACAGCCGUGGAAAGCAAGCUUUGGCUCUUUAUGGAGGUGUA